CAGCUGCUGGGGGGAGGGACAGCAGCCAGGGAGGAGUACGGAUACAUCGUCACCAACCAGAGUCCUCUCAGUCUGUAUGAGGGAGUGAAACUACUGGAGCUACUGGCAGAGAGAAUCCACCUGACUACCAGAAGCUUCAUCAACAUCAGUGUUGUGGGUCCGGCCCUGACGUUCAGGAUCAGACAGAACCCUCAGAACAUGAGUGCAGAGGACGUGGCUGGGAAGACUGUGUCUGAGAAGACCUUUCUGGAGUCUGAGACAGGACUGAAGAUCCUGCAGACUGGUGUGGGAGAGAGGAGCGAGGGUGAUGGGCUGCCCCAUGCCACGCGGGUGAAGGAGGGCUCCAGUGGGCUGGUACUGGCGCUGGUGUCCAUGGCGUGUGUGGGCGGGGUGGUGGUGGUGGCGCUGACCAUCGCCUGUCUCAGACACCACACUCAGCAGCUGGCCUCAGGGAAACUGGGCCUCGGACCCGAGGGAGGACCAGAGACACACUUUGACUACCAGGAGCUCUGCAGGCAGCACAUGGCAGCCAAGACGUCGUUCAGUCGUCAGGAGGCGGUGGGUGUGGGAGCGGGGGGCCGGAGGGGGACGGACACGUCCAGGGUGAGCAGUGUGUCGUCCCAGUUCAGCGACGGACCCCAACACAGCCCCUCCUCACACAGCAGUACACCCUCCUGGAGCGAAGAGCCCGCCCAGUCAAAGAUGGACAUCUCUACUGGUCACAUGAUACUGGCCUAUAUGGAGGACCAUCUGAAGAAUAAGGACCGUCUGCUGAAGGAGUGGGAGGCUCUGUGCUCCUACCAGGCUGAACCCAGUGCUGCUACAGUAGCACAGAGUGAACCCCACCUGGAGAAGAACCGCUGCCCUGACUCUCUGCCCUAUGAUCACUCCCGUGUAAAACUGAAGGCAGAGAGCAACUCCACCAAGGAAGACUACAUUAACGCCAGCACCAUAAUUGACCACGACCCUCGACUGCCUGCUUACAUCGCCACCCAGGGACCACUGGCACACACCAUCGCUGACUUCUGGCAGAUGGUGUGGGAGAAUGGAUGCACAGUGAUAGUGAUGAUGACUGCCCUGGUUGAGGACGGAGACACUCAGUGUGUUCGCUACUGGCCUGACGAGGGAUCCUCCCUCUACCACAUCUACGAGGUGAACUUGGUCUCUGAACACAUCUGGUGUAAGGACUUCCUGGUUCGUAGUUUCUACCUGAAGAACGUGCAGACCCAGGAGACUCGUACCCUGACACAGUUUCACCUGCUCAGCUGGCCCGCCAAUGGAAUCCCCACCUCCACACGCCCUCUGCUGGACUUCCGCAGGAAGGUGAAUAGGUGUUACAGAGGCCGAUCCUGCCCCAUCAUCGUCCACUGCAGUGACGGCACUGGCAGAACUGGAACCUACAUCCUUAUUGACAUGGUCCUCAAUCGCAUGGCUAAGGGUGUGAAGGAGAUUGACAUUGCUGCGACAUUGGAACACAUUCGAGACCAGAGACCGAGCUUAGUGCACACCAAGGACCAGUUUGAGUUUGCCCUGACCGCUGUGGCUGAAGAGGUCAAUGCCAUCCUCAAGGCUCUGCCACAGUGAACCCUGCUAUAUCUACCACCUCAACCACCGGUGCCACCUGUGCCAACAACCAGGGAGGAACUACAUUUCCCAGAGUGCAUUGCUAUUACUGAAGCCUGGUUUGUGCUGUCUCGCCAACUCCUGUAGUCAUUGUCACACCAAGAUCAGCACAAACAGAUCUGGGACCAGGCUUCUGUUAUUAUGCUUUCAUAACUAAAUUAAAUGUGGUUUCAAAGAAUUCUGUAUAUUAUUCAGAUCAGACAAGAACACUUCAAAUGUACGGUAAGGACCCCCUUUACAGUGUCUUGUCAUUGGAUUGUAUGUUGAGAUCUGCCUCUAAAAUACUGUGACUUGAUACUGUAACAUUUCUCCUUUCUCACUCUGAUCCUCAGUCUCAGACACGUCUCACUACAAUUACCAUCUGCUGUCAUUGAGGUGUUGUAUUACCAUGUUCCCUCCUGCUCUGCUGUCAUGGAGAUGUUGUAUUACCAUGUUCCCUCCUGCUCUGCUGUCAUGGAGAUGUUGUAUUACCAUGUUCCCUCCUGCUCUGCUGUCAUGGAGAUGUUGCAUUACCAUGUUCCCUCCUGAUCUGCUGUCAUGGAGAUGUUGCAUUACCAUGUUCCCUCCUGAUCUGCUGUCAUGGAGAUGUUGCAUUACCAUGUUCCCUCCUGAUCUGCUGUCAUGGAGAUGUUGCAUUACCAUGUUCCCUCCUGAUCUGCUGUCAUGGAGAUGUUGUAUUACCAUGUUCCCUCCUGAUCUGCUGUCAUGGAGAUGUUGUAUUACCAUGUUCCCUCCUGCUCUGCUGUCAUGGAGAUGUUGCAUUACCAUGUUCCCUCCUGAUCUGCUGUCGUGGAGAUGUUGUAUUACCAUGUUCCCUCCUGAUCUGCUGUCGUGGAGAUGUUGCAUUACCAUGUUCCCUCCUGCUCUGCUGUCAUGGAGAUGUUGCAUUACCAUGUUCCCUCCUGCUCUGCUGUCAUGGAGAUGUUGUAUUACCAUGUUCCCUCCUGCUCUGCUGUCAUGGAGAUGUUGAAUUACCAUGUUCCCUGCUGUCAUGGAGAUGUUGAAUUACCAUGUUCCCUGCUGUCAUGGAGAUGUUGUAUUACCAUGUUCCCUGCUGUCGUGGAGAUGUUGUAAAACCAGUCAUUGUACUCCAGUAGGUAUCCAUCCAUAUCGCAUAACAGCAUGAGGCCCGUGGCUCAUACACUUUUUUUAUGCAAGAAGACAGAGACCCUGACUAUGGCGAGGGUGAAGUGAGUGACAUUCUAGUGUAUCAUACGAUCCACCAGUUUCUCUAAGGGGCUGGUGUUUGCCUCUAACAUGAUUGUCUGUUAUUCAACUGGAACUAUAAACCCAUUGCUUUAUUUAUAUUCAUGUUGUCAUGGGACUAUUACUGUAUACUGACUACCUGAAUCAUAUAUAUAUAUAUAUAUAUAUAUAUAUAUAUUAGUGUCUUCAGUGUUACUGUAAAACCUCUGUUAUUAUUGUAAAUAAUUCACCUCAUUAUUUCUUAAAUGUUUAUUAAUGUAGCAAACGUAGAAAACAACUAUAAAAAUAUUUUUAACUCAAUGUAUGUAAUUAAAUCUCUAUUGUGAUGUGGUGC